AUGGAUUCAUCAUCAUCUUCAAGCUUCAUCAUACCAGACAGCCCACCAACAGAGCAGCAGCUCAACUACUGGAAGCAGAAGCAGCAGCAGAAAGCUCGCAGCUCGGCUGCCACCUCCGCUGCCACAGCUGCCGCCUCCGCUGUCUCCGCCGCCUACUCCUCCGCCUCACCCCUGAAAAGACAGGGAAUCUUCGUUCAACGAGAGAGGGGUGAGGAGAUCGUGAUUCUGGACACUCCUCUGCCACAAUCUACACCGCCUACCUGGGUGCCGCGACGAGCGGUGCUGGCAACUCAACCCAGCAAGCAGCCGGUGAAAAGGAGGCUAGUUUUCGAGGACAAGGGCGUGCUCACUCAAUCAAAGAAACGUGUGCCAGAAGAGGACAGCUCGAUCGUGCCUCUCUUGAGGGAGGAGGAGGAAGUGGAGACAGAGGACGAGGAUGAGAUGCAAUUGGAGAGCUUUCUGGAAUUGUUGAAUAGCCGCGUCGAGAAGCCAUGGACGCCUCUCUGCUAGUUGGAAGAGGGGUUGCCAUAUCCGAUAUGUGACGUGAGAGAGGCGUCCAACCAGCACAGGCGGCGAAUUAUGCUCAAAAUCCGGGUACCCGGACUACGUACAACAGAUGUUUAUC